AUGGUCAGAAAUUACAAGAGAAAAAGUAAUAGAGGUCAUUACGGGAAUGAAAAAAUGGCUACAGCUUUGAAGGCUUUAAGUGAGGGCAUGUCACUACAUCGUGCAAGCAAGGACUUUGGGAUACCCCCAAGGACAUUAAGGCGUCACCGUGAUAAGAAAGUGUCUCAGCCAGGGAAGGUAAUGAUGGGACGUCAUAAGAAAGUGUUUUCAGAUGAUUUGGAGAAAAAAUUGAGAGAUCAUAUCAUAGAUAUGGAGCGGAGGAUGUAUGGAUUAAACACAAAAGAUCUCAGACGCCUUGCAUUUGAUCUUGCUGAAAGUGCCCAAAUUUCUCACCCGUUCAAUAAGGAAAGUCGAAUGGCUGGCAAUGAUUGGCUUUUUAAGUUUUUGAAACGAAAUAAUCUAAGCUUGAGACAAUCGCAAGGUACCAGUUCGUCCCGUGUUAAUAGGUUUAACAGAAUAAUAGAAAAUCAGUUCUUUGAACUGUACAGAUCAGUCCUACAGUCUCACAAUUUCACCGCUGACAAGAUAUGGAAUAUGGAUGAAACUGGACUUGUCACAUUUCAAAAGCCUGUGAAAGAAAUUACAUUGAAAGGAACAAGGCAGGUCGGAAAAGUGAAAAGUGCAGAAAGAGGUGAAAUAGUAACUUUUAUAUGUGCAAUGAAUGCAAGUGGUGGAUUCUUACCCCCUAUGUAUAUAUUUCCAAGACAACGUAUGGUGGAUACACUCAUGAACGGGGCACCAUCUCAAUCUGUGGGAUGUGCUAAUCAAUCUGGCUUGAGUGAUUCAGAGCUAUUUUUUAAAUGGCUCGAACAUUUUGUUACUUUUACAAAUGUUUCUAAAGAGUCCAAGCAUAUAAUUCUCCUAGAUGGUCGUCAUAGUCACAAAUCAUUGGCUUCUGUUGAGUACUGCAGAGAACAUGGCAUAGAAAUACUUACCUUUCCACCACACAGCACAUACAGGAUGCAGCCACUGGACAAGGCCUACUUUAAUUCUCUGAAGAGUACCUUUAAUAUCUCUGUU